GGUUCAUUCACACAGUGAUCAACAAAUUCAUGCAAUGUUCACAUAGACAUUACUUUUGGGAGUCAUUUACUGUUUCUAUUCCAGCCAUACAGGCCAGACUGACAGCCAGUGAAAGCAAGAAUGCAGAUUCAAAAUAAAGUUUUAGUGUAAAACUAAAUGUAUUCACAGUGCUGGAGGCCAGAAUGAGCUCCAGUGAAAACAAAGUGGAGGAGCUCACAACAGAGAAUGCAGAUUUUCUAGCCAGACUAACAUGAUUUGAAAAUAAGAACACAGCUAGACCUACACAGUAACCCAGAAAAAGAUGGAAACUCCUGACCAUACCCCUACUUUACACUAAGUUUUAAAUGUGUUCACAGCAUUGGAGGCUAGAAUGAGCUCCAGUGAAAACGAGGUGGAGGAACUCAAGAGAACUGACCAAAGGUGGCAUUUUCAGUCAGUCUUACUGACACAGGACAAGUUGAACUCUUCAAUACUGAAACCACACUUAAGUUCAAAAAAGUCUUCACCAACAUUGGCCAGGCCUACAACCCAACAACAGAUGACCAAGACUCAACAAAAUAUUCUCACUUGAAAUAUCAAUACACUUUGCACAUUUAUGAAGAACUAGUUUAAAGUUUAUCAAGAACUUUAACUCUUAACCCCAAACUCCUACAGUGACACUCUGUAGAUCCAUCUAUGUAACCCAGAGUGCAGCAGAGUCUUUAUGUAUGUUUAGUGCAUGUUUUUUGUUGUGUUGGCUUUUGCAAUACAAUCUUUAAAACACAAAUAUAAAUACACAUCAGAUGGACCAUAACCCAGUUGUAGGCCUUUACAACCUGUUAAAGUAAGUCUGGGAAACAAACACAUACACCCUUAGGAAAAAUAAAAGACUGACAUUGCUCCUAUCAACUCAUUACACUAUUAACUUUCACUACAAAUUAUUUUAAAAGAACAUCAUUCUAACUAGUUGUUUUCUUUAAAUUCAGCUCAGUGUUCAAGGAUCUUUGGUGUUAUUUUUACAUUCGUUAUCAAAGACACCUGUUUAAUUCUCAUACAGCAGUUCAGUGACCUGUUUUACGUGUAUAUAAAGACAGGAACAGAGUCAGACUGCAUCUUGCUGUCUAAAGAGGUGAUAUUUCACAAUGAGGCGUGCUGCAGCUUUUCUGGUGUUGCUGCUCUGUCUGUACUGGACGAGGGCUCAGGGUGAGAGUGGAGGGGUGACAGGGAAUGAUAUCACUCAGACGGAGGUUCAGUCUGAGAUCCUGGCUGUCAAAGCAACCAGUGAUCAGACCAACAUCACCCCUGAUAUCUGGGCUGAGCUGAAGGGGCUGAGAGACAUGGCCAUCGAACACAGUGUGGAGCUGAGAACAGCAAGAGCAAGAUGGAGAAGCUGGAGCAGGAGAUUUAUUGUUUCUAUUCCAGCCAUACAGGCCAGACUGACAACCAGUGAAAGCAAGAAUACAGUUUUGGAGGCCCGACUGGCAGCCAGUGAAAGCAAGAAUGCAGCGUUGGAGGAAAGAAUGAGCUCCAGUGAAAACCAGACCAAAAUGAACGCCAGUGAAAAUGUGGUCAAGGAGCUCCAGAGAGAGAACACAGUUUUGGAGGCCAGAAUGAACACCAGUGAAAAAGAGGUGGAGGAACUGAAGAGGGAGAACACAGUGUUGGAGGCCAGAAUGAGCUCCAGUGAAAACGAGGUGGAGGAGCUUAAGAGACAGAAUACAGUGUUGGAGGCCAGAAUGAGCUCCAGUGAAAACGAGGUGGUAAAGCUCCAGAUACAGAAUGCAGUGUUGAAGGCCAGAUUGAACUCCAGUGAAAAUGUGAUGGAGGAGCUCAAGAGAGAGUACACAGUGUUAGAGUCCAGAAUGAGCUCCAGUGAAAACGAGGUGGAGGAGCUCAAGAGACAGAAUACAGUGUUGGAGGCCAGAAUGAGCUCCAGUGAAAACGAGGUGGUAAAGCUCCAGAUACAGAAUGCAGUGUUGAAGGCCAGAUUGAACUCCAGUGAAAAUGUGAUGGAGGAGCUCAAGAGAGAGUACACAGUGUUAGAGUCCAGAAUGAGCUCCAGUGAAAAUGAGGUGGAGGAGCUGAAGAGAGUGAAUGCAGACCGACCAAAGGUGGCAUUUUCUGCUGCCCUAACUGACGAAGGAAAAGUUGGACCCUUCAGUACUGACAGCACACUUAAGUUCAGUAAAAUUUUCACCAACAUCGGCCAGGCUUAUAGCCCAAUUACAGGUAUCUUUACAGCACCAGUCAGAGGAGCCUACUACUUCAGAUUCCAUGGGUUUGAAUCACGGACAUCAAUGAUAAUAGGUAUUGGACUGUAUCACAAUGACAAGAAAAUUACUGUUAGUUAUGAUACAGAGGAUGACAUUGGUCAUGUCACUGUGUCUAAUGCAUUUGUUCUUGAACUGGAAAAGGGAGAUGUGAUCUACCUGGUCCUCAUCUCAACCUGUGGUGUUUAUGAUGAUCUCAAUAAUCGUACCACUUUUAGCGGAUUCCUACUUUAUGCUCUGUGAUGUCAGCUGUAAAAACACCCAUAGUUGAGUCAAGUGUCAAAAUUACUCUA